UAAAUAUAUAAUAACCGAAUUUUAGAACUUUGUUAUUUUUGUCAGCGUUAAGCAAAUAACAAAUUUUCUGUAUCUGCAAAAAUUCUUAUUUUUUAUCUUUUCUAUCCUAUCUUAAUGUCACAUCACGUUUCGGGGCUUAAUUACAUUUUUGCAGUACAAUAUUAUCAAACAAUCGUAAUAUCAACAAUUUCUUAUAAUUAGCAUAAAUUUGUAAAAAUGUUGAAAAAAUUUGUGACAUUGCAAUCGGACAUCAGUCCAUCAAAAAAUCCGUAUGAGGUGCGCACCUAUAUGGGGGAUACUCCCCCCACAACAAAUUGGAAGGCUGAAAUGUGUGAAAAGGUGCGUAAAUGUGAACGACCCAACAACUCAACCAUUACCAAAGUGAUGACUAUCGAAGACGAGCUUCGACGCUUGAAUCAAAAAGUGAAAGAGUCGCGCUUUCAACGUGAAGUCAAAAAGAAAUGUGGCAAAACCGAUGAAUACUUUAUGUGUACGCAACCACAGCGUACUCCGAUCGAGCUAAGGGAACAUUCAGUUAUGCGCGAAAGAUUUCUGAGGGCCGCUUAUGAUUUGACGCGGCGUGUGCAUGAUGGUUCUGAAGUGCCUCUAAAAGCGCCCAGUCACAUUGAACUGGUUAGUCCAGUACAAAGUCAAGAAGAGGAGGAUGAAGGGCUUUCGACGGAAGAAGAAGAAGGCGAAGAGGAGGAGAAGAAGUCGGUGAGACCGAAACUUGCAAGCCCUUCAUGUAGUAUGGAUGUAAUUUAUGAGCCAUCAGAAAAACUUCUCGAACUGAAACGCCCCAAGAGUGGUAUGUUCCAUAAUGAAACUCAACAGCCGCUUCCGCCAUCGGAUGAAGAUGUAAUUCCAUAUAUCAACUACAAUCCACGGCUACUGCAACAGAAAUUCGAUGAACAGAACCUGCAAAGGGUUGACUUAAUACAAGGCCGUGAUCCUAACGAUUUAUGGACAUGGAAUAUUGCAAUGCAACAACAUGAAAGCCAGUUGGAUCGCGCUUUUCUCGAUGCAUCCACACCAAAGUUCGAUUGCAAUCGUCUAGAGCUGACUACAUUCAAAAUACCAAAUGAUCUGGAUAAAACAUUUACUGCUGAAAUCGUUUUUGGCACUGAAUCAAUUCAACCAGAAGAAAAACCAAAAAAACAAAAACCCAGUUAUUUUAAUCGUCCGAAAGAAAUCGCCUGCCUAUUCGCCGCCUAUGUAGAAAGUUUUCGAUUCAAUCCUGAUUUUUGGACUUCGGAAACCUUGGAUGGUAUAUUGGCUACUGGUGAAAAACUAUUCAAGAAGAGCAUCAAUCUGAACUACAAAUCUCCAGAUAACGAUUUUGACAUACUACCACAAAUUAUUGAUAAACAGGCGGAGGUUGGCUUUAAGCUUCACUUCACUGGCCCUCUCGACUCCGAGCCAAAUAUAUACAAAGUACUUUCACUAUAUUUCUCUAAAUACAAUGCCGCUGUGUUAACCGCCAAAGAUAUAUAUCUGCUUAUAUGGAAACGAUGUACAAAUACGUUCUAUAUUUUUGAUCCAUAUGGUCGUGACGAGUUGUGCCAACGAGAUUUUACCCAAGGCAAUUGCUCAUUGAUGGCCGUAAUUUAUGUUGAGCAUUUGGUGCAUUUGCUUAUCAACUUCAGCAAGGCUGAUGUAAAAGGCGAGUUUAGCGUGUAUGAAAUAUCGAUAAAAAGUUUUGGAAAAAUAUCUAGCCCUAUACCGAAUAAACCAUUCCCGAAGCGAACUCAUAGACUAUGGGCUGUGGUGAACGGUACAUAUGCGAUCAUACCGGCGGUUAAUAAUGGUCUCCAGCAGCCUAUAGCCGGCAAUGAACAGAAUGGUUCAAUGAUCAUAUCUCUUCUGGCACUUUUAUAUUCCAAUAUCGAACAAGCUUCAACGUGGCGCAUGGAAGUAAUUGACGAGCUUGUCAAAUUCGGAACAGCUUUUUACAAGAAUUUUUUGAAACGUUUAAAAUUGAAGAAGAAACAGCUUUUGAACAUAGUAGAUAUACCAGAUGCGAUCAUGCUCGGCGCAUUUCGUGCAACGCUGAAAAAACAUCCAUUUCUUUACACAGGUCAUGUGACUAAUUGCAAGUCGUACCUCGAAUCUCAACUGACAGCGGUUGUGAACGACGUUUUUGGGAACAGUUACGAAGCGGCUUUGUUGCAGAUUGAUAAUUCUGUAUUAGCAAUUUGGCGAGACGGGGAAUUUUACUACCUUUUCGAUCCGUUUAGACGUGGUAAGGCCGGACAAGUGCUAGAUCCAGAAGAUUUCCUCACCAAAGGUGUGGCUUGUCUGCAGAUGCACUCAAACUUUGAGUCGUUUAGUAGAAUUCUCUACCAAAAAGCAUUGAAAUUGCGGCGGGGUGGGAAAUUUUUCAUUCAUGGUAUAAAUAUCGGCUGUAUCAGACCGAUGUUGUCAUCGGCAAAUAUUAAAAAUAAAUAUCCACGCUUACAGAUAGCUUUUCCUAAGCUUGCUAUAAAAUCGGAGCAGGAUAAGCGACUAUCCAAAAAAGGCAAGGGAAAGAAGAAACUUGUACGCACAUACAGUAUACAAUCUAUACCAGAUGAGGAUCGCAUACCUGAGUUUGAAGAUGCCGAUGUCGUGGCCGCUGUGCUGGAUGAAAUCAUAUGCGAUAUUAUCGAACAAAUGUUUGAACCGACACCAGGCCGUUUACAAUUAUAUAAACAAGCUGAUAAGGUAUUGUUGCGUUCCGAUAAAGAAUAUUUGAGAGGCCUGCGCUAUAAGCUAAUUCAUGGUGAAGACUAUGACAAUGUCUACACAGAGUUCCAGAAACAGCCGGAACAGCCCCCGCGGCCAUUGACACUAGAAGAAGAGUUAGAAAUACGUACAAACUUUAAGAAGUUACCUGACGGAUCAUGGGUUGUAAUGGGAAAAUCGUAUAUACCUGUGGAAGAAGAUGAAGUUAGCAAGCUAAAUGGUCUUCUAUCUACUUUGGUAGCUACAGCCCUUAGCGCAAAAUAUAAUAUUUCCACAUGGAACAAGGAACUCGUUGAUUAUGCAGUGGAGUCAUCUAAUGGUUUUGGUGAAGAAUUCUCUAACUACGAAGCGACACUAAGAACUUUCCUUUCAAAAAAGAUGCCAAAGAUAAACAUUGGCAAGAAUAUUUACAUGUUGCAUUUGCAGAGAGUCAUACAAAGCUCAGUGAAACGUACGCUUCGGCAAAGGCUUCUUGAGAGUCUGCUAAUUUACAAUCGUUUGAUUGUUGUAUGUCAGAUUUUUUCAUGCUUGAUUGUGAAGCGUUACAAUUUUUUGUACAUGUUUAUUGCAUUUCCAUGUACGUCGGUAGGCUACCGAAAAUUCGGUUCUGGUCCGGGUUGCUUACUACGAUUCGUUGAGUUAGAUGCUCUAAUACGACGCAUAGAGUUUGGUUGCAAUCCGCAAGGAUGUGAAAUAACCAACUAUGUGGUUGUCGCCAUCAAAGUGUUGGACAUUACGAACGUGCCACCCAAGCGUUACAUGAAAUUGCCACCAGAUAUUGAAGAAUCUAUAUACGCGACUGAAUACGAGCGCAAGCAGAAAAUGGAUAGAUUGCGAAUGGAUAAGAUACGCUUUUUGGACAGGGAGUUACUUAAAGAGAAUGAACGCAUACAGCGCUUCCUAGACGAGAAAGAGGAGAAGAUAGCAGCUCGCGCCCAGAGAGGCAAAACAAAGGGUAAAAAGAGCAUCAGAAUGGAGCUUUCCACUGAGUAUGCAGAAGAGGGCGAGGAAUUCGAAGAAUACGAUAUGGACGAAAUGGAAGAAGUUGAAGAGGAAGAGGUUGAACUGAAGCAUAAGCCGGGCAAGCGACUUGAACGCGAGCUCGAUUCUGGCUUCAAGCCACGAAAAAUCCUGUACGGCUACCGCAUGCGGGAGAAAGACUGUAACUUCAAAAUCCAGGGCACAACAGCUCUGGAAGAUCGAGCUUCUGCGCAUGUAGAUAAAAUCAAACCUUGUUUCUUCGCCAGUACACUGGCUGUAUUAUAUGCUGUAAUGCGUCCUCUCAAUCAAUGGUCUGCCCAGCGCGUGGAUCGUGUGAUCGAAAGUGGGAAAACAAUCGCUAGUCGUGUUACGAAUAUGACUUCGGCCUUCGAGCGGUUUAUCAAGAAUGUUACGGUGGAUGACUACAAAUUCGACGUGUGGGUUAAGACACACGACCCACCGGGUGUGAAAGGUGCUAAUAUCUCCCGUAAGAUUUACAAGUCUAUGCAGGCCCGUAAGUAUCUGCUACUACAAUUAGCCAAUACCACAUUUGCUCUCUUCCACGAUGAAUAUUACCACCUAUUCGAUCCUUACCCUACUAUGGAAAAAUCAGGAGAAGGUGAAGAGGAAGAGGAAGAUGACAAUGAUGGAGAUUAUGUUGAAAAAGAAGGUCCACGUAAAGGCAAAUGUAAAAAGAGAGUGAAGAGAUAUGGCGAACGUAACACUGCUUCAUGGGUACUCUUUGCUGAUGUUGAUUCACUAUUAAAGUAUGUGGACAAACGUGCCUCAAAUCCGACUUGGCAAGCGUCCGAAGAGUAUGCACUGCAUGUAAUUGAUGUGAUAUCAUACAGGAAAGCGGGACCGAAGACACGCUUACUCCAAUUACUCACCGAUCUGUCGGUACCGAUUGAAUGCAAGACGACGAUGCAUGGCAAAGAUGAGGCAGUGGUGUGUGCUCAUCCGGAGACUAUGUCUUGGUUAGAUUCGGAGAACUGUUUGCCUGUUUGGAGUCGCAUGAACCGUCGUAAUACAGCUGGUCGUUACCGAAAUUUGCCGGUAACAAUGCUAAAGUGUUUCGACAUAGAGAUCGAUGGUCGGUUGUGGUCACUUUGGGGCAAUCUGCAUCCAGAUGCACCAGUAUUUGGUUCAACAUCACGAGGAAAGCAAUACCUUGCGUGCAAUGUGAUGGCACUCUGUGCCGCAAAAAUGUAUAGUUUGACGGAUUGGAGUCCUCAUUUGCUCGAUACAAUAGUCAUUAAUGGUGAUCGCUAUCACCGUGAGAGCUUAGAACAUAUAAAGUUGUUGGACUAUGAGUUCUCGUUAGAGGAUUUGAAUUUGGACUGUACAUUGGAGAACAUCAAAUUUGUUGUACAUCUCGAGCAUGUGGCUUUCGGAAAGCUCUAUAGCCCUGGCACUCGUACUACAAUGAAUUUGGCAGAUGCGUUGAUGUACUUUUUCACUCGCUUCCAAUUUGGAGUAUUGCAGUGCUUCAAACAUUCCUUAGCUAUCGGUCGUACCAUGGGCUUCGAUGGUGGCUUCUUUAUGUUUGAUUGCCAAAGCAAAGAUCAACCGCUAUUCCCAAAGGGACAAGGCGCAUCAUAUCUGCUGCGCACAAAUAAUCUGCAGGUGCUGCUUUACUGUAUCGUGGUGACGCUUAAUGUGCCGUAUUACAAUGUAAAUUUCACUCUGCACAAAGUAGAAAUGCUACGCGAGGGUGCCUCUUUGGAAGAAGAGGGUGAGGAUGGAAGUGAAAACACUGGUGAAAAUUAAAGUAGUAAAACCAAUUUAAUAUUUCAUUAUUAUAUAGGUAGCCUCAGUUUUGAACGUAAAUUUAUCGUGGAUGAAAUUAACCAUGUGGUGUAAAAUAAAUUAAAUAAAUCAAUAAACUCUAACAGACAUAUAAUGCAACUCAA